CCCACCCCACAUCUUAUUUCAUUGCCCAGAUAUCUUCCUUCCUUUGGGGCGAGGUCAACGGCAUUUAAAUGCACGUCAUGUGUUGAGGAAGGUCAGAGUGAUCGACUUUUCUCUUCUACAGGAAACAAAGGUCGAUCGAGUCUCCAUCCAGCAGCUGCUAUUUAUGCUGCGCAAAAAAGGGGUCCGGCACCCGCUGCCAAUUCGUUCUCCACAUUAGGAUCAAGGACGUUUCCACUCGUUUUUCCGAUGAAGAUCUGACUGACUGACUGACUUGGCUGUUGCCUCGUGUCGAUCUCGUCUGUUGGUCUGUUGGUCUGUUGGUCUGUCGGUCUGUCUGCCUGUUCUUCCAGGCGGGGAACCGUUGGCGGUGACGAUGGCGGCGUUCGCCAGUCUCACUAUAGAGCUCCGCCUUACGGUUUACAGGCUGGCCCUGACGCCAGAACCCGGCGUGUGCACUUUUUCCGUUUACGACUAUCUCCGAAGAUCCCCAAUGUAUGGUGCCCCGCUUACCACGGCAGGGGGAAACGCCGUCUGGCCGGUCCCCAAGCGGAGAUUCGCAGCAAUUGCACACGUCUGCCGGGAGUUUCACGACUUUGCCUUGCGCUUCUUUCAGCAGGACUACUACGGUCAUGACAAUUAUUGCGCCGUCCCCACAGACAUUCCUGAUCCCACUGGGCUCUCGUAUUAUGUGGGGAGAGCAACCCGCCCUUUGCAGCCCGACACGGACAUGCUCUUCAUCAACACGGCAUCUGACCUCCUUGAGCUGCUCUCCAUCCUCACAUCCGCAAGCG